UGCCACAGCAGCACUACUCUUUGAGGAUACAGAUGAGUUGGGGCUUCUAUAAGAGGGCAAGAGCCUCAACCCCAAACGCAGAAGGCGCCGCUACUACUCGCACCACUCCAUCCACCAACCUCCCGGCGGAAUCACGACAGUCGCAAGUGAUCGAGCCUCCAGAAGCUCCAGGUUCGGAGGCACCGUCUAUGUUUAUCUUUAAUGUUCCAGCCUGCGAUCCGAUCAAGUGAAAUCAAUGGAGAGGAGUGCAAAAAAACAACGUACCUAUAAAAAUGAUGGAAUAGUAGGGAGCGCUUCUUUUACUCACACUACGAAAGAAGGUCAGGGAGUGGUUAAUUCAUCAAGAUAUGAAUAUGAAGUAUUCUUGAGUUUCAGAGGAAAAGAUACUCGAAGAGGUUUUACUAGCUUCCUUUACACUAGUAUGAUAGAUGUGGGAAUCCGCGUCUAUAAGGAUGACAAAGAGCUCCGCAAGGGGGAAAAAUUUGGCCCAGAACUUCUCCGAGCGAUUAAUGAAUCAAGGAUCUCAAUACCUAUAUUUUCAAAAGGUUAUGCAUCUAGUGCAUGGUGUCUCAAGGAGCUAGUCCAGAUGGUCAAGUGCCAAAAAAUUAGGGGACAAAAGAUUAUGCCAAUUUUUUAUGACGUGGCACCUUCAGAGGUUCGACACCAAACUAAGGGUUAUGAAGAGGCCUUUCUUUCACAUGAAAACAAGAAGCGGUAUGAUGAAGCAACUAUACGUGAGUGGAAGGCUGCUCUCAACACAGUUGGGGAACUAGAUGGAUGGGACUUGCAAAGCAUCCCCAAAAGGGAAGAAGGUGAGAUCGUGAAAACAGUUACCCAGGAGGUUUUCAAUGAGUUGAAAAAGGCUUAUUUGGUGGUAUCAAACAACUUGGUCAAUAUGGACGACCAUGUGGAUAAAAUCAUGGAAGAGAUAGGUGCUCACACAAGUGAAACACGGAUUAUAGGAAUUCAUGGGAUGGGUGGCGUUGGAAAGACAACAAUUGCCAAAAUCAUCUUCAAUGAGCUUUCCAACAAGUACAACAAUUGUUGCUUCCUUUCCAACAUCCGUGAAACGUCAAAGCUCAAGGGCAUUGAGUACUUGCAGCAGCAGCUCAUCUCCAACAUCCUCAAGAAGAAAUGGAUGGAUAUAAGAAACAUUGAUGAUGGGAUUAAGACCAUUAAAGAUAGGUUGUCUAAUAAAAGUCCUCAUUCUUCUUGACGAUGUGGAAGAAAAUGAUCAUAUGGAUGCACUUGUAGGCAAGCGUGAUUGGUUUGGUAAAGGAAGUAGACUUAUUAUUACUACAAGAAGGAAAGAUGUUCUCCAUGUUCCAGAAGUGGACUGGAGGUAUGAGCUUACAGGCAUGGAUGCCCAUCAAUCUCUUCAACUUUUUAGCAAACAUGCCUUCAGAAGAGAUUCUCCUAUAGACGAGUAUAUCAACCAAUCCAAGAGGGCGAUACACAUUGCUGGAGGUCUUCCAUUAGCCCUUGAGGUCAUAGGUUCACUUU